AUGGAGGAGAAGCCGCCGGAGCUGAUCGGAGUGUGGAAGAGGGUGGUGGUGGUUGGCGGCGGCGUAGCCGGCUCCCUCAUUGCUAAGUCUCUUCAGUUUCACGCAGAUGUCACCCUCAUUGACCCGAAGGACUACUUUGAGAUUCCAUGGGCUAGCUCAAGGUCGAUCGUGGAGCCAUCUUUUGCCGAAAGAUCUAUUAUUUACCACAAAGAUUACCUCACAAACGGUCGUCUUGUUGUGUCCAAGGCCAUAAACGUCUCGAGUUCUCAAGUAUUGACCUCAGACGGUUGUCAGAUAAUUUACGAUUAUCUCGUCAUUGCCACUGGUCACAGUGAUACAUUCCCCAAGACGAAACCCGAGAGACACAAAGAAUACCGAUCAGAACAUGAUAAGAUAAAAUCCGCUAAUUCCAUCUUGAUCGUUGGUGGGGGUCCCACCGGUGUCGAACUAGCCUCUGAGAUCGCAAUCGAUUUUCCAAACACAAAAGUCACUCUAGUUCAUGAGGGGUCUAGAUUGCUCGAGUUUAUAGGACCCAAAGCGGCCGACAAGGCAUUAGAAUGGCUUAGAUCGAAGAAGGUUGAAGUUAAAUUGAGACAGACAGUUGAUCUCAACAACUGCUCGGAAGGAACCGAAUCUUACGUGACUUCAUCGGGCGAAACUAUAAAAGCUGAUCGUGUUUUCGUGUGCACGGGAAAACCGGUGGGGUCCGCUUGGCUUAAGGAUACAUUUUUGGAGGAAAGCAUUGAUGUUUUUGGAAGGUUGAAGGUCGAUGAGAAUAUGAGAGUUAAGGGUUAUAAAAAUGUUUUCGCCGUUGGAGACAUUACGGAUGUUAAGGAAAUUAAGCAGGGAUACUCGGCUCAAAAACAUGCUUUGAUUGCUGCGAAAAACCUGAAACUGUUGCUGAGUGGAGGGAAGGAAAAUAAAAUGGUGAGUUACAAGCUGCGUUCGUUAAAAGUGAUUGUUUCUUUGGGGAGACAUGAUGCCGUGGCUCAGUUCCGGUUGACAACGUUAAUCGGAUUAGUUCCUGGUUUGAUAAAAUCCAAGGAUUUAUUCGUGGGGAAAACGAGGAAGCAGCUGGGGCUCGAUCCUCGCGUUGUGGACUAUUGA